UUUCUAGCGGUCCUGAGUAUUUUCUUUUACGAAAUUUGGGCGUGGCAGAGCAAAUUGUUUUGACGUAAUAGUGACAGAUUCAAAAUGGCGGAUAGGCGUUAUGCCCAUCUGUUGGUCGGAAGAAGGGGUUUCUCACAGGGUGGCCACCUCACUAAAAAUUUAUUUGUUUGUAUAUUUUAUAAAUCUUUAUAUUUUUUUUUUGGGUAUAUUUUAUGCAUUUUUAAAUCCAAAUAAUAUUUAGUUUUACUAUUGGUUUUAUAUCUAUCUGUAGCAGCAGUUGCCAUAGAAACUGUCGCUAUAAUGAACAAUUAAUUGAUGACAACGGUUGACAGUGACACUGACAUUUACAUAACCUCGAAAGUGCUUUUGUUGUUAUUAUUGUUUAUGUUGUCAGUUUAUUAAAUAUACUUGUACUUUUCAAUUUUAUUCAGACAAAUGGGCGAUAUUUACAGGUGCAGACUAUGUUUAAAAAAUUGCAAAAGCAAAAUAGACAUUUUCAAAGAUGAUUUUCCCAAGAUGAUUCGGAUAUUGGCUGGUGUUAAUGUAAACCCUGAUGAUGGUUUUCCAAAAAAGUCCUGCCUAGACUGUGCAAAAAACGUGAAAUCCGCCCUAAAAAUGAGAAAACUAAUUAUACAGUCUCAUAAAUUACUCCUCGAAGAAUUCCUGGCAAAUUGUAGGCAAGAAAACAUCGUCACAAGAAAGUCUUCACAGAUAUUAAAAAGUAAUGACAGUGCUGCAGUAGUUGAUAUAGCGAAAACUUAUAAUACAAAUAGAACUGAGGAGGGAGUUAUUACAGAGACAUCGGCAGAACACAAUGACAAUGAACCUUAUGAAGAUGAUGAUAAUAAGAGUAUUCGGGAUCCAGAAGGAUUUGAUGACAAAUGUUCUGAUAAUGAAUGGACUCCGACUGCCCCAGACAAAACUCAAGGGUCAUCAUCAUCACUCAUCAAAGCUCCCGAUGGAGUGUUCUUCCUAAAAAAGCGCCUCGAAUCUCCCCAGAAACCCUCCUCACAAAUAAUCGUCCGCAUAAAGAAAAAACCGAAAACAAAACCGCCCCCGGCAAGGGUCACUUGCAAAGUCUGCAACAAAGAAGUCCAAAGUUAUUGGCUACGGAAACACAUGGAAACCCACGAGUAUAAUCCGGUGACUUGCGAGUUUUGCGGUCUGGUGUCGAAAAGCGCGACCGCUUUGAGGCAUCACGUGUUUUAUUAUCAUAAAAGUACGGCGGACGAAUAUAUGUGCGACCAAUGCGCCAAAAGUUUUCGAUCUAAAUACAGGUUGAAUUUGCAUAAAAAGAAAGAGCACGGAGGCACCAAGGACUUCGAGUGCACCACUUGUGGCAAGCAGUUUUUUGAAAGAAUGCACUUAAAACGUCAUAUCGACAAAACGCACAAGAACAUCCGUCCGUACGUGUGCGAUUACUGCGGUAAAACCUUUAAAUCGAAAAACCACAUUAAGAUCCACGAAAGAAUCCACUCGAAAGAGGCCCCCUUUAGUUGUAACAUGUGCGGCGACAGUUUUAAAAUGAAAUUGACGUUACGGUCGCACCUGAAGGGGGCCCAUAACGUACAGGAGGAGCAAAAGGUGUUUUGUAACGUGUGCAGAAGGGGCUUCGCCUCGGAUGUGGCCCUGAGAGCCCACCUGAACUCCAGGAUCCACGAAACGGAAAAAUGUCAAUACUGCAGCGAGAUGUUCACUAGGGAAUACAUCGUGAAUCAUUUGCAAGAAGUGCAUAAGAUAACUAACGUUGAAUCUGAGGAUGUUAAGGAUUAGAAUUAGUUUGUAAAUAAAUAUUUGUUAUGAAA